GCUUCUGCUUGUAGGAGACGCUGGGCUGGCUGGAUCCUUCCUGGUUUCAUUAGCAUAGCCCAGCCCACUUCCACCACACGCCCAGAACUACCUCAUUAACCAUUGGGAAUGCAGCCAAAAACAUAAGACGACAGUGAAUAUAAAGGGAAUUACUGGCAAGGGAGCUGUAACUAUCUCACCACCGAACCUAUUACUUUUCCAAGUUCAGAAAAGUAUUACAUGAACAGAAACCAUUCCUUAUUCAGAUAAGAAUUUAAGAAGUUGACUACUACAGGAGGGAAUCUGAAAAUCUGAAAAAAUGACGGGAGCAAAGAGGAAAAAGAGAAGCGUGCUGUGGGGCAAGAUGCACACCCCCCACCGAGAAGACAUUAAGCAGUGGUGUAAGAGGCGCCUACCUAUCUUGGAAUGGGCACCGCAGUACAAUCUGAAGGAAAACCUGCUUCCAGACACUGUGUCUGGGAUAAUGUUGGCAGUUCAACAGGUGGCACAAGGGCUGUCCUUCGCUAUGCUUUCAUCUGUACACCCAGUUUUUGGUUUAUAUGGAUCUCUGUUUCCAGCCAUCAUUUAUGCUAUAUUUGGAAUGGGACGCCAUGUUGCCACAGGCACCUUUGCCUUGACAUCCUUGAUAUCAGCCAACGCUGUGGAACGACUGGUCCCUCAGAGCAGCAGGAACCUCACCACACAGAGCAACUCAAGUGUGUUGGGCUUAUCCGAGUUUGAGCUGCAGAGAAUCGGGGUUGCAGCAGCUGUUUCUUUCUUGGGUGGAGUGAUUCAGCUGGUCAUGUUUGUGCUGCAGCUGGGCAGUGCCACAUUCCUGCUUACAGAGCCUGUGAUCAGCGCCAUGACCACAGGGGCCGCCACCCAUGUCGUGACAUCACAAGUCAAGUAUCUCUUGGGAAUCAAAAUGCCAUAUAUAUCCGGACCACUGGGAUUCUUUUAUAUUUAUGCGUAUGUCUUUGAGAACAUCAAGUCUGUCCAGCUGGAAGCACUGCUCUUUUCUUUGCUGAGCAUCAUUGUCCUUGUUCUCGUUAAAGAGCUGAAUGAACAGUUUAAAAGAAAAAUUAAAGUUGUUCUUCCUGUCGACUUAGUUUUGAUCAUUGCCGCCUCAUUUGCUUGCUAUUGUACCAACAUGGAAAACACAUACGGAUUAGAAGUAGUUGGGCACAUUCCAAACGGGAUUCCUCCUCCCCGUGCUCCCCCAAUGAACAUCCUCUCUGCAGUGCUCACUGAAGCUUUCGGAGUUGCACUUGUAGGCUAUGUGGCCUCGCUGGCUCUCGCACAAGGAUCUGCCAAGAAGUUCAAAUAUUCAGUUGAUGACAACCAGGAAUUUUUGGCCCAUGGCCUCAGCAACGUGAUCCCUUCAUUUCUCUUCUGCAUCCCAAGCGCUGCCGCCAUGGGAAGGACGGCUGGUUUGUACAGCACCGGCGCAAAGACGCAGGUGGCUUGUCUAAUAUCUUGCAUUUUCGUCCUUAUUGUCAUCUAUGCAAUAGGACCUCUGCUGUACUGGCUGCCCAUGUGCGUUCUUGCAAGUAUUAUUGUUGUGGGCCUGAAGGGAAUGUUAAUACAGUUCCGGGAUUUAAAAAAAUACUGGAAUGUGGAUAAAAUCGAUUGGGGCAUAUGGAUCAGUACUUACAUUUUUACAAUAUGCUUUGCUGCCAAUGUGGGAUUGUUGUUUGGUGUUAUCUGCACCAUAGCUAUCGUGUUAGGACGUUUCCCAAGGGCAAAGACUUUAAGCAUAACAGACAUGAAAGAAAUGGAAUUGAAGGUGAAGACAGAAAUGCAUGAUAGCACAGAGAACUGGCCUCCUUCCAAAAGGACCAAUGUCAAGGUCUUUCCAGGUAGCCUGAAAACAGGAAGUAACAUCAGGAGUCUUUCUGUGACACCCAGGAGAAUGGAAACCUCGCAACAGAUAAAAAUCAUCUCAAUAAACAACCCACUUGUUUUCCUGAAUGCAAAGAAAUUUAGUGCUGAUUUGAUGAAAAUAAUCCUAAAGGAAAGUGACAGCAACCAACCACUUGAUGAUGUCAGCAAGUGUGAACAGAACACCUUGCUCAGUUCCCUGUCCAACGGCAACUGCAAUGAAGAGGCUUCCCAGCCCUGCUCCAGCGAGAAGUGUUCUUUGGUCCUGAAUUGCAGUGGCUUGACCUUUUUUGACUACACAGGAGUCUCCACGCUUGUUGAGCUCUACCUUGAUUGCAAGAGCAGGAGUGUGGAUGUGUUCUUAGCCAACUGUACUGCAUCCUUGAUAAAAGCAAUGACAUACUAUGGAGACCUAGACACCGAAAAACCAAUUUUUUUUGACUCGGUACCUGCUGCGAUAAGUAUCAUCCAAUCAAAUAAGAAUUUGAGCAAGGCCAGUGACCACAGUGAAGUCUGAGACCCAUGUGUUGAAGUGCACGCCUCAUCUUUAGCAGCUGCCCCAAAGAGGCCAGAUCCUGGCAUUUUGCACACAUUUUGGUGUAUAUACAGUGUAUCACUCAGUAAGAAUGAUAUGACUUGGCAACUGCAUAGCCACUGGCCAAGACUUGCUGACCUUCUAUUUUUUCUAAUUUUCCUUAAUAAACAGAUUCAUUUAGUUAUUUCAUAUAGGCAUCAAUAUGCAUUUAGCUUUAGUUUACUGAACAGUAAACAUGCUUUUAUUUCUUGCUAUGAGAGUAUUUUGUAUGGUAUUAUUUCUUUUUUGUUGUAAGCUAACAAGUGGAGAAACACUUUUUUUUUUCAGAAAUGGUUUGGAUUAUUUAUAGUCCAUUUGUAAAAAAUAUUACAUCAUCUAGUUAAAAAAAAGAGUGUUAGCAAAUGUGCCACUUCUCCAUAGUUUUUAAUCCCAAAGUUAUUUAAACAUCAGUAAGACAAGGUACCACUUCAUACAGUGAAAAGUGGAAUCUACAGAUAUAAAGCAGUUGAGGAAAAAAGACAACAUAGGAGUUAUUAAUGUCAAUACCCAUCAACAUAAUCACUCUGACAAUGUUCACGCAUUCAACUAUGAGUUCAUAUGUGGAAGAAAACUGGUGUUUUAGUAAAACCAAGUUCUUGACAUUAAUCUGUUGAGUUGUGGAUACUGGAAACCAUUUGUGUGUUCAAUCAGAUAAUUCUGACUUCUGCAUUGCCACACACGAGAUAUUCUGCUUUCAGACUUAUUUUAUUGCAACCAGAGAAUAUGAGAAUUUGAUAUGUAAUUAUUUCACAAAUAUGAUCUUUUCAAUAACAAAAUAUCGUAAGUAGAAUGCUUUUGUGCCUUUGGAUACAAGAUUAAUCUUUAGAAAUUUUGAAUUUUCUACUUGAGAUAUAAAAAUUCAGUAAAAUGUAAUCUGUUUUUAAUCUAUACUGAGAUAGAUAGAUGGCAGAUAGAACAACAGACAGACAGAAGACAGGUAGGCAGCAGACAGACAGAUGACAGAUAGAUCUCCAUGGUAUGUUUUCCAUUUUCUUUUGUCAGAGGUGAGCUUGAAUGUGAUUAUCUGUAAAUUUGCUCAAAUAAUAAGAUAAUGUACAACACUAAUAGCCAGAUAUGAGUUUAAACUUUUUUCAUGCUUGUAUAUUUUAUUUUUAACUAUAUACAAGUAUGAAAUCUAACAAUUUUCUAACAAAUUGUCUUAUAUAUGAAGCCAUAGAUUAAAUUAUGCUUUAUUCUUAAUGGCAUCUAAGCUAUUAUACAGACUUACUAACACUGUCAGAAAACAAAAAAACAGGUCCUGCAAAAAGAGUUUGAAAAACAAGUUAAAAAUAUAAAUUAAACAUUGGCCUUCUAGUGUGGUGUUUAUGAGCAUCUGGAAGAGCAAAUUCUAACUCCUGUCCAAGUGACAGACUGGAAUAUUUCUUAGGCAAUGCAAGGCAAACAUUCACAUGAUCCACCGUUUUAACACCUCAGUCUUUGGUAGGAUGAAAUAAUAAAUGAAGAUGCCUAAAAUAGUGUUCCAAACUUUCAUGGUCAUUUUCAUUUUUACUGAAACAAAUUCAAAAGAACAGUCUUGGUUCCCCAAAUCACUUCAAUCUCUUCGUCACAUAUUGGGGUGGUACCAAGGAAGGUGACCAGUAUUGUUUACAGAUGAUUUUCUAAGGAAAAGUUGAGGGGGACUUAGGAAUAAUUUCCUUAUAAAAAGGAGCCUUAUUCUGUACCCCACUUUCCUCUUUUUAAUGGUACACGGUGGUGAUAUUUUUCAUCCCCAACCCAUUGGACUCCAUCAUAUAAUCAUGAGUCAUGCAGAGCCAAGAAAAGAAAUAUAUUAUGGUAUAUGUAAAGUGAUAUUUCGCUCUACAAGUUUGGCCUUAAUUAAACUCAUGAAUUAUAGGCAUUUUUAAUUUUUUGUAGACUAUGAACCCUGGCUGAUAUUGAAGUCAUCAUUGUUGGAUGGUUUAUUCUGUUUUGUUGUUAAUGCUCAGACAGUAUUGUCUGAGAAAUUACACCUGAGUGCAUUUAAGUAUUUAGAGUAUAAGUUUCAUGCAUAGAAAGUUAACCCUAUUAAUUUCAGUAUCAAACAUUGUUACAGUCAAAGACAAGGAAGACCAAACCACACACUGUAAAAGUCCACUGCUCUGUAGUUUAUGCCAAGACCACAAUGACUCUUUACCCCAAGAAAGUCUCUUGACUUAAGUUCUGAGACUCCAAAGACUGCACAUAAGUUUUAGACAUACAAGUGUCUAUCUCAAAGCAGAAGCAGAGAAAACAGAAAGAAGCUACAACAUGGCUCUAGUGUUGCAAUGUUUUCUAUAAGCACACUGACCUUAUGGGGCCAUGUUAUUUUUAUAUGAUAAACGUCUUCCAUAGAACUUACUAUAGUCAAAUAACAUAAAAAAACUGACCUAUACAAGUGUUAAGAACCUAAUAUGACAGACAUGAAAUAUGUAACUAGGAAAAACUGUUAACAUUAAACAUCAUAUUUAUGCAAAUUAAAUGCCCUUAAAAUUUUGCCAUUUGUCUUUCAUUUUAAAGGUUAUUUGCCCUCAAUUAUAUAAUUUCAGUGUUAUAAAGUUUAGCUUAAACUCCUUUGCAAUAAUUUAUUUGACAGAACUCCAUUCUAAAACCAUGCAAUGUAAUGAGAACAGAGAUCUUUCCUUUUUAAUGAAAACAUUAGCAUGUUAAUACCCCGUAUGAAUAAUGCCUGACAUUCAACAAUUGUGGAAAUAUGUUGGUAUGUUGCUGAACAUACAUACACCUCCGAAAUGCCAGUUCUGCAUUCUACACAUAUGCUUUCUGGCAGCGAGUUUAUUGCCAGAUUUUAAACAGGGAGUUAUGUGGUGCUUGUGGCGCUUUCAGAACCCAAAGAUUUGUAGUCUGGAAUCAUGUAGUCUCAUAUGCUGCACUUAUUUUUAUAUUUUUCAAUGCACUUAAUUAUUGUUUUUAUAUAAUUAUUUGUACUAACUCAGCAUGUAACAACCAAUUUACAUAGAAAUAAAUUGAAAUAUGUUAACUACAA